AUGAGAAUUAUAGCCAUCAUUUUUGCGACGUUAGUCGCACUAUCUCUUUUACGCCUUAAUCAACAGAAGCUGGAGUAUUCAAAGAAGACUUCUGCGUUUUUUACUUCUUUCUUUGGUCAGCUGAAGAAUAAGGGCUGA